AUGGGCAUCGUGACUGGGGCCCAGGGUGAGCUGACUCUGAACUGGAACCCCUGGAUAUCUUCUGCAUCAAGAAACCAGUGGGGGCCAAAUAUUGAUCCAGGUCUUCUCUCUUCCCUCCUAGUCUCACUCCUAACCUUCUGGAACCCUCCCACCACUGCCCAAGUCACUAUUGAAUCGGUGCCGCCCAAUGCUGCCGAAGGGAAGGACGUUCUUCUGCGUGUCCACAAUCUGCCUGCCAAUCUUAUAGGCUUUGGCUGGUUCAAAGGGACAACUAUAGAUCCCCGUAGUGAAAUUGUAUCAUAUGCAGCAGACUCACAAGAACUUACCCCAGGAUUUGCACACAGCGGCAGAGAGACAUUAUAUCACAACGGAUCCCUGCUGUUCCAGAACAUCAACCUGGAGGACACAGGAUACUACACCCUACAAAUCAUAAAGAGGAAUGUUCAGGUUGAAAAAGUAACUGGACAGCUCCGUGUAUAUCCGGAGUUACCCAAACCCAACAUCACAAGCAACAACUCGGACCCCGUGGAGAACGUGGAUUCUGUAGUAUUAACGUGUGAACCUCAGACUCAGAACACAAGCUACCUGUGGUCAGUAAACAGUAAGAGCCUCCCGGACAGCACCAGGCUGGAGCUGUCCCUGGACAACAGGACUCUCACUUUACAUGGUGUCACAAGGAAUGACACAGGACCUUAUGAGUGUGAAACCUGGAACCCAGUCAGUGCCGGUCAUAGUGACCCAUUCACCCUGAAUGUUCUCUAUGGCCCGGAUGCCCCCACCAUUUUCCCCUCAGACUCCUAUUACCGUCCAGGGGCAAACCUCAGUCUCUCCUGCCACUCAGCCUCUAACCCGCCUGCACAGUAUUCUUGGCUUAUCAAUGGGAGCCCCCAGCCAUCCUCACAGGAGCUCUUUAUCCCUAACAUCACUGUGAAUGAUAGUGGAUCCUAUACCUGCCUCGCCUAUAACCCUGGCACUCGCCUCAGUAAGACCACAGUCAAGACUAUCACAGUCUCUGAGCCAGUGUCCCAGCCCUCCAUCAACAUCAGCAACACCACAGCCACAGAACAUAAGGACUCUGUGGUCCUGACCUGCUCUACAAAUAACACAGGGGUCUCCAUCUGGUGGUUCUUCAAUAACCAGAGUCUAAAGCUCACGGAGAGGAUGAAGCUGUCCCCAGACAACAGCACCCUCACCAUAGACCCUGUCAGGAGGGAAGAUGCCGGGGAUUAUCAGUGUGAGGUCUCCAACCCAGUCAGUUCCAGCAAAAGUGACCUCGUCAAGCUGAAUGUGGAAUAUGAUUUCACACAACAAAGUUCUGGCCUCUCCGCUGGGGCUAUUGCCGGCAUCGUGAUCGGAGUCCUGGCCGGGGUUGCUCUCAUAGCAGCCCUGCUGUACUUUCUGUGUAACAGAAAGUCUGGCGGGACAAGUGACCUGCGUGAUCUCACAGAGCACAAACCCUCAGCCUCCAACCACAGUCAGGACCACUCUGACAAUGUGCAUAACAAGACUGAUGAAGUUGCAUAUUCUUCCCUGAACUUCAAUGUCCAGGCACCAAAGAAAUCAGCGUCAGCCUCCCCACCCCUAACAGCCACAGAAACAGUGUAUUCAGAAGUCCAAAAGAAGUAA